AUGUCUAAAAAAAUCUUUGAUAAUUACUUCGAAAAUUUGGAUAAAAUACCCUCAUUAAAUGGAGAAAUUACAAACUUGCAGGCUAAAUUAAUAAAUGAAUUUGAUAAACUUAAAGAGUUAGAUUCUACUAGCCCCAAAUAUGAAGAACUUUGUCUAGAUAUUAAAACUGAUAAUAUAAUACUUGAAAAAAUAUACUUUUUCGUUAAUAUUAACACCAUUGAAGGAGAUAAAUAUAUCGAAGAAAAGUUUAAUCUCACAUAUAAUAUAACUAAAUACCUCCUAGAAAUAAAGAAAA